AUGUCAGCAGUCCAGGCCGUCGAGGGGUUCAGCCUCAUCAACCGCUGGCUCCUAUACACCAGCUUCAUGCUGGCACCAGCGCAGUUCAUCUCGGGCAUCGGCAGCAACUGCCCCAGCAACAUCGGGUUCCUGGCAUACAACUGGUACACGCAGCUGACGUGGUACAAGGCGAUCAAGGCGAACGAGCUGCACGCGCUCUCGCUGCUGCCGGUGCACUUCAACUUUAUCUUUGUGUUCACCUACCUGGGCGGGGUGACGUCGGGCAACCUCGUCAUGGGCGUGAUCCUGGGCCUGGGCACCGCCGGCGUGAUCAUCCUGAACACGGUCGCGGCGUGGACGGCCUGGGCCAUCGACCAGCCCGGCGGGUUCGGCGAGUACCAGUUCUUCUUCUUUGGGUGGCGCACGCUCAGCCCCGGCUGGCACAAGUUCAUUCUGGUGUGGCAGAUCGGUGACUCGCUGUUUGCCUUUGGGAGUGUGGUCACCGCUAUGGUUCUCGCUAUUACUACGGCCCUGUCGGGCUAUGGUGGUGACGAGGACGAGGACCAGAUGCCUUGGUGGACCCGCUACCCUGCCAUGCCUCUCGGUGCGGUGGCUAUGCUGCUGUUUGGGUGGCCGCUGAUUCUGUGGACGGAGCUGAUCGUGUCGCGGAACCAUAUCGAGUCUGAUACUGAUAUGAUUGCCGUUUGGUUGUUUGUGGCCCAGGUCGGGACGAUGUUGAUCCCCAGCUGCACGUCGUACUUGGGUUGUUUCAAGGGGAUGUUUCAACGCCGGCAGAAUUGA